CUGCGGCUCGUCACCUCCCGGGUCCCAGCCUUCACGGGCCGGGGCCGCCGCCGCCGCCGCAGGACGGGGAGGCGGGCCAUGGCGUCCUGCGUGGGGAGCCGGACCCUGAGCAAAGAUGAUGUGAACUACAAGAUGCAUUUCCGGAUGAUCAACGAGCAGCAAGUGGAGGACAUCACCAUCGACUUCUUCUACCGGCCUCACACCAUCACCCUGCUCAGCUUCACCAUCGUCAGCCUCAUGUACUUCGCCUUCACCCGGGAUGACUCUGUCCCAGAAGACAACAUCUGGAGGGGUAUCCUUUCUGUUGUUUUCUUCUUUCUUAUCAUCAGUGUGUUAGCUUUUCCCAAUGGUCCAUUUACUCGACCUCAUCCAGCCUUGUGGCGAAUGGUUUUCGGACUCAGUGUGCUCUACUUCCUGUUCCUGGUAUUCCUCCUCUUCCUGAACUUUGAUCAGGUUAAAUCCCUAAUGUACUGGCUAGAUCCAAAUCUCCGGUACGCCACGAGGGAAGCAGAUGUCAUGGAGUAUGCUGUGAACUGCCAUGUUAUCACCUGGGAGAGGAUUAUCAGCCAUUUUGAUAUAUUUGCAUUUGGACAUUUCUGGGGCUGGGCUAUGAAGGCCUUGUUGAUCCGUAGUUAUGGCCUCUGCUGGACAAUCAGUAUUACCUGGGAGCUAACUGAGCUCUUCUUCAUGCACCUUCUGCCCAAUUUCGCUGAGUGCUGGUGGGACCAAGUCAUCCUGGACAUCCUGCUGUGCAACGGCGGUGGCAUCUGGUUGGGCAUGGUCGUUUGCCGGUUUUUAGAGAUGAGGACCUACCACUGGGCCAGCUUCAAAGACAUCCACACCACCACUGGUAAAAUCAAAAGAGCCGUGCUCCAGUUUACUCCUGCUAGUUGGACCUACGUUCGAUGGUUUGACCCCAAAUCUUCAUUUCAGAGAGUGGCUGGAAUAUACCUUUUCAUGAUCAUCUGGCAGCUAACUGAGUUGAAUACCUUCUUCUUGAAACAUAUCUUUGUGUUCCAAGCCAGUCAUCCAUUAAGUUGGUGUAGAAUUCUCUUUAUUGGUGGCAUCACGGCUCCCACAGUGAGGCAGUACUAUGCUUACCUCACUGACACACAGUGCAAACGCGUAGGAACACAGUGCUGGGUGUUUGGGUGUAUGAAUAGUACUGUGACCGAGUGUGGAGGGCAGGCAGAGGUGGGUGUGGCCCUCUCCUGGUGCCGGAGCCAUGGGGACCACAGAGAGGCUGAGGCAGGGACAGGGCUGGAGAAGGCAGAGCACCGCACUCCUGCCCUCCAGUGGGCAGAAUCCGCAAUGACGGGCAGCCCUGCGCUCACCGCCCCUUCGUCCUGUGGAGUAGCAGCUGCCUGCCAGCCUCCCCACCUCCAUCACACCGCGAUGACUGGUCUCGAUGACUGGUCUGGGGACUCUCGGCUCCACCCUUGCAUCUGGGGGCUGUGCACAGGGAUGCUGCUGGUCCUGGCUAUUCCCGGCAUGCUUUUCUUUCUCCGGAGGUGGGCCUUCACCACCUUCCUGUGUCUGUACGGCAUGGUUUGGUACGCAGAGCACUAUGGUCACCGAGAAAAGACGUACUCCGAGUGUGAAGAUGGCACCUACAGUCCAGAUAUCUCCUGGUCUCAUGGGAAAGGUACAAAAGGUUCUGAAGACAGCCCACCCAAGCAUCCGGGCAACAACGAAAGCCACUCUUCCAGAAGAAGGAAUCGACAUUCCAAGUCAAAAGUCACCAACGGAGUUGGAAAGAAAUGAAGGAGCCCGGUUAAUCGCAGACGUCCCAGAGAGUGCCUAGAACCGAGAGGGAGACAGAAAGGCUUGGACCUCCCUGUCGGGAGGGCAAACAUGCGGUGCCAUUGGGACGAGGAGAGGGGACUUGGGGGUCAUUAUUUGAGAGCGCGUGAGUCUUGUUUCCCACAGACCCAGCCACGUGAGGCAGGUCAGUGCUCGGGAUCCUUCGCCAGCUCGGGGUCUCCUCCAACUUCAGCACUUGGCGUGCGGUCACUGGUAGCCGUACGGAGCAUCUGCAGGAAGGGUGGCCUCUCACUCACAGCUGCCCGGAGCAGCACCGCUUGCGUGUAUUGUGGUUGCAGUUAGUUGAAACACCUUCAUUCAGACAGGGCAUUAACGGUACGUUAACACUGGUGACCAGUUUUUAUUUUUAUAAAUCUGCCUUUCCCAUUUGACUGAUUGGUUUAAGUUCAGGCCACUCUUCUGUCUUUUAUUGUUGGUAUCUUAUUUGUUGUUAAGUUAGGAUGCUUAAAAGCCUUCAGAAGCCACUGCUGAAAUUGAGUUGGGGGAAAGCUCUUCUCUCUCCUGAAGAAGAAAAUGGGGAGAGCAUUUGUGUUACUGUCUGGCAAACUCAUCCCCCUUUUAGGACCUGAAACCACACAGUGGUGUAAACCAGUCUGAGGAAAGACUGGCUACCUACAUAGGAUCCUGGGCUUCAGAUCAGAACCUUUUUUGUUUGUUCUGAAUGUCAUUUGUCCAGAGUUAUCCACAGUGCACAGAAGU